GUGCGUUCAGGGGCAGCAGCACGUGGUACAGCAGAGAAGAGCCGCGGGAUCGGCGCUGGCGGGCGGCUGCCGCGCUGAAAGUCGCUCGCUCGGCGGUGCCCUCAUCUUGCCUCGCUCCUCCUCCACUCGGCCCUCUCUCACUCGCCAUGCGGCCCACUCUCGCACGCCUCGCAGCCGCACCACAGCCCCCGCCGCCACGGCGGCCACGGCCCGGCCAUCCCGCGGCCGCACGCGCCGCGGCCGCUGCGGCCGAGCGGCCUGCGCUCAAGGCCAGGCAGCAGACAUCUUCGCCGUCGCUCAAGAUCGGCGCGGGCGAGCAGAAGAGCCUGUGGGGCAGCUGGACGAGCCUCUCGCCAAGGAUCCGCAUCGCCUGUGCCGCCGCACUCGCCACGUUCGCCGCCGCCGGCCUGCUCUUCUCCGACAAACUCGAGGCCGUCGUGCCGGCGCCCGAGGCGCAGCGCACGCGCAGCGACGGCUCCAAGCCGCGCCUGCUCGGCAUCAGCGUCGUCGACCGCGAGCCGGCGAAAUGAAGGGCAUGUGUGGGGGAGAGCAAAUGGUGUGAUAUUGUGAGGGGCCGCGGGUGUGUGGGGUGAAGCGAG